GUGCCGCCUCGGAAGUGGUAGACGCGGCCGUCGCGAGCCCCACAGGUGGCGUCAUCACGGCAGGGAGCGCGGCGAGUGCUGCUGCUGACGCGGAGUCCAGUGCGGGGGAUGAGGAUGAGCAGCGCCACUGGCACCGCAAGCUCAUGGGGUCUUUCUCGCGCGGCAGGGCGAUGCAGAUUAUUGCAGCGGAUUUCAUUAAGAUUGUUUCUGGAAAGACGGCGUCCGAUGGCACGCCGUGCUCUACAGUGAAGAACACUGACUGCGCGAAGCCCAAGGGUUUUUUCCGCCGCCGGCAGCCCAGCCAGGAGGAGAUCCGCGUGUGCAAUGAGAAGCGAGUGAUCCAGCUCCUGCAGUGCGGGGGAGGUGCAUCGUG